AUGCCUCAUGGAGGGGAGAACCCUGUGGCGCAGCUGGUGGAUGUCUGGAGGAGGAGGCCUUCUGAGAAGUCCAUGCUGGGCAAGAGCAGCACAGCAAACCUGGUGUCCCUGGGGACAGGGCAGAGGCCCUGCGUGCUGGAGCAUGUCCUCUCGCUGCCAAAGGGACAGCGCGCCGCUGCGCAGCCCUCCCUGCUGAGGCGGAGGGAGCCGCCAGGGAGCAGGAGGAAGAUCAGCCUCGCGCGAGUGAGAGGGAAAGGCCAGCUGAAGCUCUCCAUCGAGGCGCGGGGCCGCGUGCUGGCGCUGCACGUCAUGGAAGCAAAAGGUCUAAUGGGAAAGGAGUACCGGUCGUGUGACUCCUAUGUGAAGAUGUCGAUCGUGCCAGAUGCCGACUGGAAAUGCAGGCAGAAGACGAAGACUGUGCUAGACAGCAAAAAUCCCGUCUUCCAUGAGCACUUUCUCUUCCCGGUGCAAGAGGAGGACGAGCAAAAACGCCUGCUGGUCACAGUCUGGAACUGGGAGAGAAAUUCCAGGAAGAGCGAACUGAUUGGGUGCAUGAGCUUCGGUGUGAAGUCCCUCCUGACCCUAGACAAGGAGAUCAGCGGCUGGUACUACCUCCUUGGGGAGGAUCUGGGCAGGACCAAGCACCUGAAGGUGGCUACGCGGCGGCUGAAGCAGAGCAGAGAGCCAGCACUGGGAAGCCAGGGCACAGCGCGGGAAGGCCAGGACGCUGCGAACAUGGAGCAGCUGAAGGUAGGUGCAACGGGGCUCCGACCCACCAGAAAGGUGGAGACCAAGCAGGACUGGAAGCCAUCAGGCAGGGAAACCGCCCUGGAGAGGUUUUGA